GUGAGGUAGCAGGGGAAUUCCAGAGCCUGGUUGCCUCUGAGGAAUCUGGAGUGGGUAUUUGGAGGCCUGUUUAACUCACUCUCCACGGUAGGCAGCUGGUACAUUGACUGAACACUGAACACUGAGUGGACUCCCUUUAAGGAGUAAAAGGGCCAGAACCCAAGCAGACGAAGCACAGGGGACGGAUUGCCAAGAUUUGGGGAGGUGAUAGACGGCGUCAAUUAUCCAGUUCAGGUGCUGCAGCCACUUGGCACACGGCAUUGGUUACACCUGCAGACCAUCAGGUAAUUGGAAAAAACAUAUACAGGCAGGCAGACAGGCCUCUGCUAAGGAUCAGCAUAAACUGAAGAGAAUGCUUUACACUGAGUUACUGCAGCUGUGGCAUGAAGCGGUGCAGGCGGUGGAUGCCAAAGACUGGCAGGGAGGUCUAUCCAAACUGGAGCAAAUCAGCGAACCAACGUCUCGCACUCUGUUCAAUGCUGCCUCAGCUCACAUGGUUCUGGGACAGCUGGACCUGGCCUUGAAGGCUUUAGACCUCACCCUUUCCAAGGAUGAAUGUCUUGCCGUUGGAUUCUUUCAAAGAGCAGCAGUGAUGAUGCAGAUUGACAGGCUGGAGGAAGCUCUGUCAGACUGUAUCUGGGCACAGAAGCAUAUGAGAGGAAACUUGGUCAUUGACUACAGGCAGCUGGGACUGCGAUUCAAACUUUACAGCUGGCAGGUGUUGUAUAAUGCAGCAGCUGUGUAUUGUCGAAUGGGCCAGUGGGACCAGGCCAAGGAGGUCCUGCUGUCAGCUUCCCAGGAGAGAGGAGGAGGUCGAGGGGGAAUCACUGAGGUGGCUCUGAACAGCAUCCUGAAGGAAGAGAUCCUUGCUCCUCUUCUGGUGCCUGAGGAUGUGGUGUUUCGGCCCAGGAAACAGGACGUGGAGCAGCUGCAGCAAAGGGACUUCCUGGGCAAAGCAAAGGUAAUUUCCUCUGUGAUUCCCAAUGACGACUUUGGAGGAUUUGAACCUCUGAGGCUGCAGAAACCUGGUUUCUAUGAGCCAAAGGUAGAUGGAACUCAGGAUUCUCGAUACAUGUGCGUGCGGAUCCCUUACAUGGCUCGGGGCCCGGGUCAACUGACCGUGCCUGGAGGGGCUGUGGUCUUUUUAUUUGGUGAGGAGAGGAGGGACGGGAUGGCAACUGUUAUAUAUGAUGGACAGAGGGGACUUCUCCCAAUGUCUCUGCUUGAUCCUGCUGAUGUCAAGAUUUCCAAAGGCAAAAGGGAGAAUAAAGUUCCCAGUGGGAUCCCUCUCCCGCCUGGACUCAAGCCACCCACUCGACCACAGGCCCAGCCCAGCCCUGCAGCUCUUCCACGAGACACACCACCUCCAUCCUACACAACUGCCACCCACGCACCACUGCCAGCCUCAGAGCCUCCUGGGUACACAGUUAACACAACCAACGAGGAGCAUGUGGUUGCGGCUCAGGGACCGGAGACCAGCUCUGUGGUGCUGAAGGUCCACUACACGUACACCAUGGCUCUGUCGGUCCCUUCGGACACACCCUUCUGUGAAGUCAAGAAAUGUAUCGCACAGAAAUUGGGUCAGCCAGCAUAUCAACUGCGCCUCAGACAUAAGCAGCAUGGCUCUCGAGUGCUGACACCUCUACGUGAGGAGGCAGAGCCAGGCCGCACUAUGCAAGAGGUGGCUGAGGCUGGCAGAGCCACCCUGUGGUGCCAGACUGAAGACCCACUGGACAACCGUACCAUCCUCUACCAAAUGGUGGCACUGUAUGACUACAUAGCUCAGGGUCCAGAGGACCUUGAGUUCAGCGAAGGAGAUACCAUUGACAUCCUGGGAGACGUUAAUGAGGAAUGGCUGGAGGGACACAGUGCAGGACAUAUUGGCAUUUUCCCCAGCUGCUUUGCCUACAAGGAGAACACCAGCAUAACCCAGGGAUUCAUGCAGUAAAAGCAGAAAUGUUACUUUGCUCACUGACUUACAAUAACUAUACAUGCACUGGAUUUAGUAGCUAGUUCGCAUGAUAUCACUCGGUAUUGUACUUGGUCUACUGUUUCUGUUUUCUAUAUCCUUUGGUAUCACUGUAAUAUUCCUGUUGUAUGCCCCAAAAUUAAAUGAUGUAAUCUUUCUAAUAUCUUCAAGAGCUGACAAAAAUAAAAGGUUGGUAGAAGAACAUCCCAUGUGCCUUUGACAUUAUUAAUGUGACUAAACAAAAAUAAAGACACAAUGUUUCAAAAACGUAGUCUUGUAAAAAUCAACAAAUCUCUUCCUUUAAAUCCUCGUUCCUGCUCUGUAGCAUGACAUCAACCUCUUCCCUUUCUUCUCCAGACUCAUGUCCUUUUCUGCUCUUCAAACACGCCAGCUCCCCUCCGGGCAAUCAGCGUCAUCCUUUCCAGCUGGGUAGUAGCCUUCGCCCUUCUGUCUUGCUAACUAUGGGAUUUGUAGUUUACCUCCCCUGCUGCCCUUUUGUAGUUUGUGUAUUCUUUUAUUUAAGCAUAUAUUUGUUAGAAUGCAUUGAUGCUGUAAGAGCCAUUAUGCUCUCAAAUGGCUGUUGUAGUUCCACUGGAGAACACUGGGUGGAGUAUGGGAUUUAAGGUAUAUAGAUAAUCAGAGAGCAGGGGAGGCCAGGUGUUAUGGGGAAGCAAACAGUUUUUGACCGUGAGGAUCAAGAAUCAUGGUGGACCAUAACUAUGGAUUGUAAUGUGUUUGAGCAUCAGAACCGAGCCAAAAUAAAGAAGAUAAAUGCAGUAUUGGACUGGAAGUGGAU